CGCCAACUCACUGCUCGCCUAGGCGUCUGUCAUACUGGGUUGUUUGCAUACAGCAGCGUUAAUGAACACGCACCUGAAUAACAAGCACCGCCAAACAUGAGGGGCGUGCAACGUGUGUCGUGUUUUCUUCACCUCUCUUUCUACCCUUGAAGCGACCUGUCAGGGUUGCCUUCAGCCUCUCAUGAACAUUCUCUUCCACUUCAUGGUGCCAGCAUGGAUGAAUUUCUGGCCACCGUCGGCGUUCAGGCCAUGAGAUAUGCCAUCCGCUCCGGCAUCUCGCUAACGUCCAACUACGCGUUGGGUCAGUAUUCCCGCCUCAUCAACUCGGUCGAGGACAAGAAGCUGCAUCCCAAACUCAAGUCUCUCCGAAAGACCCUUGACUAUAAAAUCAAGAUCAUCUCCCCAGCCAUAGACCUAAUCGAGUUCAAGUCUGGUAGAGGCAACAUCUUCCUUGAGUCCGCUGUGCCCCUCGCCAAGUCGCUUCAAAAAGAGAUCGCCUCCCUAGGACGCCGCAUCGAAGCCGUCGCCAAUGCUGAAGAAAAGCUGAACGACAACCAUGUUAAAUCCAAGGCGCCCCCUGCCCAUCACGAUGACCUGGAGACCAUCAUUGCUGGUAUCAAAACUCUGCUAGACAGAAUCGAUCGCGAAAUCCCACUCUUGCAGUUGGCAAUAACCGCUUCGGGAGAGAGUCUCUCGACCUCACUACCCGCAGGCAUCUCACCAUCAAGGUUACUGCAAGCCAGCACCUUUCUCAUUGUUGGCGAUACCCAGUUUACCCAAGAUCCAAGUAGGCCGGUCCAGAUUGGACCCGCGUUCACCUUGUCCUUGUACAUGCUGUCCCUGAGCCACGCCUCCACACUGAGCCCCCCAAAGUCAACAGAAAUCUCGACAGUAGGUGAUCCACUUUGCCAUAACAAUGGCCUAAAAAGCCGUCACGAUAGAGGCACCUUUGGGUUAGAAGAAGGCGCUAGGAAACCCCUAUGGCAGGAAGUUUUACACAAGGCCCGCGUUCGUCUAUGCAGGACCCGACGGGAUUACGCCUUCGACAGCACAGCAGGUUACCAAUCCACCGCGGAAGGAUCAGAUCAUUUUCACGAGUCAGCAUCUCCUCGGAUUCCCUUCGAAGGGAGCAAUGAAUACGCAUAUCAUCUAGAAAUUAUUGAGGAUCUUGAUGAUGGGCGUCUCCAUGAUGAUGACCAGGAACGAAACCCUUACGAAGAAAUUGCCACUGCUGGUAUCCGAGAAUCCAUCCCAAUACAUCAAGUGUCCAAGAUCUUCUAUACCGACACCGGCAGAAUCCUCAAUAUUGGUUCUGCCACGGAUGGAGACCACAACCCAGUGCUAUUAUUGAAGCGCGAUGUUCAGGCAGUUCCGAACUGGGACCCGGCCGGUGGAAUCGCAGACUUUAUCGAAGACGUGGAAAAUAACGACGGCAGUAUCACCCCAGAAACAAGCGACGGAACUUGUGGGGAUGAUGAGCAACUCGACAUUGAUAAGCAGCUCUUCCAGGAGUCGACCGCUGUGCAGUCAGAGGAUUCGCGCAAAACGCUACAAAACAGCCGCCGCAAAUUCAUGUUCCCUGCUCAUCUCGAUCCUGAGUGGAUAGCACUCGAGGUCUAUGAGGAAGACGAGAGCUUUGAGGCCGAGGACGAUGUGUCUGUAGCAUCGGGUGAGGUCGGUGAACUGGAAGAUGUUCCCUCAAAACAGAGUGCUCCACGAGAUCGGACAUCGCUUGACUCCAAGGUUGUGGAUCAGAUCAAGAGGUUGUCACUUCAAUCAUCAACGAGCUCAAACUCUCCACAGCCAGUGUCUCGCUUCCGAGAUGCCGCUGAGACGCGAGACUUUGUGGCCAGAUCACCGUUUGGAACUAUCACCACAUCAUUGUCGCUGAUGGAGAUGUUGAUCCGACUGACUAGUCUUCAAGGGUUUCAGCAAGCUUCACAUCUCUCCAUUCCCGAUCACAUCCUAACUUUCUUCCUAGAAGAGACGUCAACGACAGGUUUGGUGGGCGAGACACAAUGGAGAGUUCGCAGCGACGCUAAGCGACGUAUGGGCUUCGACCCAUACACAGAUACCCCAACCAGAUAGACGUUGGGGUUUUAGGGAGCGCGGGUUAUAGGCAAAAUCUCCACGAAAUUGCUGAAGAGUCCGACGGAGAUGAUAGGAAUUGUUGAGAGGCUGUGCCACAUGGGGUUGGGGUAAAUAGCACAAGAGAUGACCUUAUUCCCAGAGACGAAAUGCUUGGUUUGAAAGACGAGAGCUCGGAGCUAGAAAUCAACAUAACGCUGGAGCAGCAACAAGAUACCGAGACUCUGGGACGAAUUUGAAAGUAAAAGAUACUCCAACUCAUUACUU